CCUCUCUGGAUCGUUAUUGUAACUCACUAUUUAAUAACAACCACACACAGUCCCCCAUAGUAAGCGCAGUGCUCAUGCAUAAAUGAUCACAUGACAUUGUUUUUCUAUCGAGCUAAGGACAAAAGUGCGUUGCGAAUCUCUCAGCGUAAGCAGAAUACGUUAUUUCCUGUCUACACGUCGAAGGAAGGAUCGAUCCUUUUAUACAAGGCUGUGUCAAAGGGAAUCAUCUUGUGAACAAGAGAACUUGACCCCUCACAACCAACAUGGCAAUGUUACAAAGAGGUCAUCAAGUGCUAUUGACAAUGGCAAGGCAAUGUGCUGUGAGGCAUUUCAGAUCAGCACCAAUUUUGUUAAAGGCUGGCAGAACACAAAAUGAAUUCACAGGUUUGGAAAACUGUUUCAUUUGGGAUGACAAGCAUGGUUUUGGAUUUAACAAAGAUGGAGAAGUUGUAAUUGUGACACCUAAUAUGCUACCCACACACUCAGUGUUCAAUUCUGAGAACUUCAAACAAAUGUCUCCAGAACUUGACAAGCAGACUGCAGAGAAUGAUAAGAUUAAACCACUGAUUCUGGACAUAAAAGAUACUUCAGGUUCAUUCAAUGCUAGUGAGCAUCACUAGUUGAGUGGAGACAUUUUAUGAGGUGAUGGUAAAUAUCUCAGGAGAUUGCUUUCAAUAUAUGGAAUAUUCAAAAUUUUGUGAAAUGGAUAUUUGUAGCACGUAUGUAUUUUAUGUCUAGAAAGUUACAACCCUCGUUACUAUUAUAAUAAACUUCCCUUUCCUAAACACACCUCUGGAUGAUACUACUUUUGAAGGCAUCACCAUGCACAGUUUUUUUAACCAAAUGUUUUAGCAACAUGAAAGUAUAUGCAGAGUGCUUUCCUGAAUAUUUUGUUGCCACUUACAUGUAAAUAAUAGUAGGAUUCUGCCCUUGUGAGUUGAGUAUGUUGGAAAUCAAAUGGUCUUUUUGAUAACUCUCUUUUUUCAAUUGUUUGCUAGUCAAAUGCAAAUAUGUUUAAGUUUUAUUUAAUGAUAUCCUGAAAACUUUUAGUUUGGUCACUAUCUUUAAGUUGAAUCCUGCCAACAAACACCAAUCAAAACUUUUAUAUUCACAUGCAUGCAUUACCAUAAUCUCCUAAUAUAUUUUAUAAUGACACAUACAUUACUGGAAUAUAACUACUAAAGUUUUAUACACAAAAUAUAAUUAUUUGUUUGUAAUAGAGUAAAUGAUUCUUAAUGUAAGGAAAAAAGCCUUCAUCUGAAAUGUUGUGACUAAACCCUUGGGUUAUUGGAAUCUUUUUAAUAUUACAAACUUGUCAAAUUUCAAAUAAGUUUAACUUAUUUGUUCAAUUGUUAGAGCAAAUUGUGUUCUUGUUUAAUAAUAAGUACUCAGUCUUUCUUAGGAAGGGGGUUGA